AUGAUGCGCUCACCACCUCCUCCAGCUCCCCAACAACCCCCAAGUGCUGGCUAUGGUGGGAACCCAUACCAGCCCUCGCCUGCUCAGGGUGGCAGUGGCACAUAUGCUCCUGGGUUCGGCGGGUUCAUGAACGAACCCACGGCGCAGAUGGGUUUCCAGGUCGGCAAGAGUGCAAUGGCAGCUGGCCAGGAAUAUAUGGAACAGAAUUUCAAUCGCUACGUCUCCAUCCCCGCCCUUAAGCACUACUUCAACGUCUCCAACUCCUACGUCCUGAACAAGCUGGUUCUCGUCCUCUUCCCCUGGCGUCACAAGCCCUGGUCCCGCCAGCAGGCUCGACUGACCUCCAGCUCUGCUGGUCCCAAUGGCCAGAUCAUGCAGCAGCAAUACUCCUCCAUGUUUCUGCCUCCGCGUGAUGACUUGAACUCGCCUGACAUGUAUAUCCCCGUCAUGGCCCUGGUCACGUACAUUCUGUUGUCAGUGUUACUGGCUGGAUUCCGAGGUAACUUCCACCCAGAGCUUCUGGGCUCGAUCACCACUACAGCUAUUGCCGUGAUCCUUUUUGAGAUCAUGUGCCUGAAGCUGGCUACAUACAUUUUGAGCAUCAACAAUGACUCCCAGUUGCUGGAUUUGGUAGCUUACUCGGGUUACAAAUUCGUGGGCAUCAUUGUGACUAUGGUCGCAGCUGAGAUCUUGAACCCCGGUCAGGGUACUGGGGGCUGGGUUGGCUGGACUGUCUUUGCUUACACCUUCUUGGCCAAUGCAUUCUUCUUGCUCCGGUCUCUGAAGUAUGUGUUGCUGCCUGAUUCGACCGACUCCGCCAUGCACGCUGGCUCGAUGCACACCGUGGCUCGCUCCCAGCGCAACCGCCGCACCCAGUUCUUGUUUGUUUACUCCUACGUUGUUCAGUUCAUCUUCAUGUGGGUGCUUAGUCGGGAGGGACCCUCGACAUCUGGCUCUGCGUCGUCAUAA